AUGCGUCAGUCUGUCAUUCAAUUGACCUUCAGCUAUGGUGGCCAUCCAUGGUUUGCUUCAAGCACUCAGUGGGUCAUUUCGAAGAUGACUGUGCUACUGAUUGACCUGGUCGUGCUUACAGUCCUUCCUUAUUGCUUGACGACGGAUCUCGUCUUUCACGCCGAGAAACCCUCCGAAUCCUCAUGUUAUUUCCAACUGGAGUGCAGUGGAAGUAAAAAUCGUGGCGUAGAGAAAAUCCGAGUACCCAUUCGGUCCGCUGUGGGACCGCAAGGACCAAAAGGAGAUAGAGGGCCGCGCGGUGUCCAGGGGCCUAUGGGUCCACCAGGUAAGAGAUGGUUAUGCUUUUGAUACUCCCACAUGCGAUUGUGGGAUUAAUGUCUGAUCGAAGUUUUGUAAAUUUUCAGCUCCAACGAUUGAUUAUAGAACAGCGUGUGCCUCUAGAGUUCAAAUGAUUUCUUGAGUCACUUUCACAGUGUUUGCUUCAGUAAAUGCAGGGGUACAUGGCAGAAACCGAGUUUGAGGCAUGUCUCAAAGUCAUGUCCUCAUAUGAAAUACUUUACCCAAAUACUGUUUCCCAUGUGCGUUUUUUCAAGAUGUUUUUUUCUGAGGUGGCAAAUAAUUACAACUAAAAGGUUUCAAAGAAUGAAUAAAGUUCUUUAAAUAUUGCAGCGCUGUUCUUAAGGUAGCAGGGGGUACACAGAGGAGCAUAGGACUGACGUUCACGGUCCUGGUCUGAUUUUAGGAGGCAUUUUGGAAGUUAGACUGACGACGACAAUCCCCUAUUUUAAUGUGCACCUUUUCUGGACCCCAAGAGGAGAUCAACCCUCCUGCCAACAUGCGAAAACGACCUGACAAUAAGUAAGCACUGUUGGAUGCAUAAGAUUGGGCCUAUUAUUUGGACUAGAUUAGUAAUCGGACAGGUGAUAGGCUGCGAAAAAAUUACAUGGCAUCUGGGUGCGCCACAAAGGAUACAUAGGGCAGUCUAAUUUUUGUGCACUUCUAUGAGCACUAAAGGCCAUGUGUGAGUGAUUGUCGAAGAGAAGCGAAAUAAGGCUUUUCCUUCCUACCGGGACUGAAAUGAUCCCAAUGAGCCUUUGUUAUAGUCAUUUUCAACAGUUGGUGACCCCUAUUUUGAUUUAAAGCUCAGGUAUUUCAUUCGGCAAGUGUAUAUGGCACAUUUAAAUGAACAAUGUAAAAGUCUUCGCAUAAAACCUAUUCUACCAGUUACGCCCUAUGCAAGUAUUCGGAGAAUGUUCCAAAGCACACCACACAUGCUGCGGCAGUCCAUCGCUGCGUGCUAGCAAUCUAAAAACAUCUUGUGUUCUCCGCAAAUGCCACGCACCUUAUCAUCUAAAGUGUUUUAAUUAAUCCAUAUUUUCUGAUACCAAUUUGAGGUUUUCAGACCACACGAGAUUGUCUGCAUUUUUUACUAACUAAGGAAUAGAGCAAGCUCUAAAGUGCUCUUGAACUGGAAACCUAGUAAAAUGGUCAUGAAACCUAUGAAAUUACCAUAGCAAUUUUUGCUGCCAUAGGCAGCCUGGCAUGGUUGUUUAGGAAACUGUCAAACUCGUCGAGUGGGAUUUUUCUUUAGAAAACAGCACUCUGUCAACCAGAUGCAUUAUCUGACUUACCGGAUCAGCUAGGUUUCGCUUUCAAAGAACAUAAAAUUCUAGGUAUGAUCCGUAGCGAAGAUUAAGACUUCACAGAAUGAAUUAGAUUGUUCCUAUUUGGAGUUUGUUCAAGGCUCAAAUUUAAGUGCUCACCGGGUGUACGAUAGGCUUUAGUUUGCAAAAUUAUAGCGAAUAAUAACCCAUUUACACACUGCGCGAAAUUAUCCUGAUUUUGUUUAACCCCUGUUACUAAAAAAAUCUCAAAACGAAAGCUGAGGCAAAUUUUGCCGAUUUUAUUAAUUUAGUUUUGUCAGAUUGCUCACUUUUCAUCCCCGUACCUGCCCCAUGUGCAAAUUUCCUAGGAUUUAGGCGUGGUUUUAAUUACUGGCUGUUUCAGGUAUACUUGUCCCGUCAACUGGGGGGGGGGAGGCGGAUGCUCAGUCAUUGAUUGUCAUUUACCUUUUUACUUACUCCAAGUUCUCAAAAAUUAUGAGUACUGGCCCCAGAACAUGAGGGCGGACAGAGAUAACGAUGGUGGAAUUUAAAGGAGCAAGCAAAGCUUCAAAUACUACCCCAAAAUAAUGCAGUUAGAUGUGCUUGGAAUUUCUUUACAUGAAAAUCUAAAGGAGAGAGAGAGAGUACUUUCGGUUUCCCCAGCCCUCUCUAUAAUCGUGAAAGUCUGCUGUUACGCUUGCAGACCUGAUUUACUCUCAGUCGCAGUAGCGUUUAACCCAUCGGUUGGGUUUUUUAUAGCAACAUCACUUUGGAAAGCACAGCCCCAAAAGCCGAACCAAUAACCUGUUGAUUGAUGCCAUGUGAUUAUUUACAGAUUGUGUGCAAACGUCUGAUAGCACAUUCAAUAAUACCUGAUUGAAUUAUGUAAACCUUACUAGGCGAUCAUAUUUCCGAAAGACUUUAGGCCACAUAUGGGCAUAACGGUUGAUAUAGAUAUCAAAAAAAACCACCCCGAGGCCAAAGUUUGGCUUCUUCUGCUUCGCAAAUUAAAUUUGUCCUAGUAGUCUGUUUGAGAGAAACAACGUAACUCCUCAGCGGGCAUCACGCAAUCCUCGUAUUUGUUUGUUUUCCAUUAACCUGAAAAAUUGUCAGGAAUUUCUGAUUCAGGACGGGGAGGAUUUUGACAGGAGACGGUGGGGCAGUGUUCAGCAGUUAACUCCGCCGCCGCCGGCGUGCUGCCGCCAGAGGACAGCAGAGGGGCGAAAAAGGAAGCACAACAGGGUUUCCGUCUGAUAGAUGGUCCGCUUGCGUGUUUGUCCAACACUACUUUGGCUCUUUCAAUCUGGAGGCGCAGAAGGAGAGCAGACAAGCAGUCAACUUCAACUCCGAGCACUGAGGACUGCAUGUCCAGCGUAGAAGUUUUAAACUAGAGCUAAUUCACUUAAGACGGUUCUAAUUUCAGGAACUUUGUUCACAAGUUCAGCCUUUCCUCACAAUCGACAGUGCGAGGCCGGAACACUGGCAGUUGCCUUGAUUUAAGAAGCUGGAAUGGCAAAAAGUAAAUUUACAUCAAUCCAUUUCCCAUAUUCUUAAGUAAAGUCUGUUUGGGCUCACUAAAAGGCCAUAUAAGCAGAAAACCGGCCAGCCUAGUAAGAGUUGGAACCGUCAACGUCCCCCUUCUCCAUUUACAAUGACUGCCCUGGCUACUGAACUGCGGCUGUGCGAACAACCUAUAUCCUCUUUCCUUUGACUCCCGUGACGGUCUGACGACUGCGAUGCUGUGAUUAAAACACCAAACCGUCUAGAUGCAGAAAACUGGUUGAAAUUCCUCACAGUUUCACGUUUUCGAUAUCAUUUCAAUCCUGAAUGCUUCUGAUCAUUAGAAAAUUUAAACGAUCAGAAGUUUCCGGCAAAACCUUAAAUUAACCUGUGAGCUUGUGUAGACCCCUUGAGGGCAGUCUCCUGGUGCCAAACUACCAAUCAUCAAGACCAGAAUAUGAACAAAAGGGAAACUCGCUCUUCCGCACCAAACUUGAACAUUCUCAGGCUGAACUGUAAUUUCGAAGUCAAGAUGACUGAGAUUCGGUGACUAAAACAGUAAUUUUAUCCGUCUGCAGCGUUGGAUUGACUCCCGAGUCCGCCAUUAGAAACAACAAGAGCGGGGUUAGAUUUCGUGAAUUGUAUGAUUUGGAGUUUUUCUGCAACCAUAAACAUUGAGGAAUUAGCUCUUGCACGUCGUAGGUUUGGUGUUUUAACCAAACUCCGCUUCGCUUAAACGUUUUAAGCGCUGUGUCAAUGAGUAUCACAGAAUGUAGUUAUGUUAUGUCUAAAAUGUAGGUCGACGAACAGCAUAAACCAUUUCUUUUUGAAUGAUUUUUAUCAUGCUGACUUACUAACAACUUCACCGGUGCUAGUGGUCGAACUACAAAAUGUCGCACGAAACACACUUUCCACAUUGUGAUAACUAAGCUUCCUUAUUGAAUAUUAUUGCUUGGACCUACCAAUGGGACCAUUUUACCACAUGUGUUCCUUAGCAUGCAUCUUCUUCAUGAAGGUCCGCCAGGUCCGAUCCCGAAAGCCUCUCGCAUGUGGUUGCCUCGUCCAGCGGACCUACAGAUAGCUUUCUACAUUGGCCUCUCGGAGAACAUUGAGGAACUACCGAAAGGGCAAAAUUGUCCCCUCAUAUUUGACAAAGUGAUGCUUAACAUGGGCAACUUUUACAACGCCACAGAUGGCGUCUUCACCGCCCCCGUAGACGGAGUGUAUACUUUUAUGCUGGUCGUCUCAGCGCACAGCUACAAGAAGGUGAGCUUUUAGGGUGAUAUUUCUAAAUUUGCACGACGGUACACGAAAUACUAUAUUAUAUUGGCCAUCCCCGCAAUUUCGAGUAUCGGGUGUUUACUGGUUCAAUUAAACUAUCUUCUGUUAAAGUCGAAGGGGUGAAUAAGAAUCGGUCGCUGGAAGCAUUAAUCGCUUCGGCGUGCUGACCGGUUGCCAAAUUCAUCUUCAGAAAAUCAGUAAAGGAAACUCUGAAAUUGAUUCCUGGUUUUGUCUACUGUGGAUGUGCACAUCGAUGCUUAUGGCAGUCAUCCACAGUGUUUCAUGGUAGAACCGCCUGUUUUUUUGAACUGCGAGCAGUUUUUAUUGAUUUCUUGCAUAUGCCUGACGAUAGGCGAGAAAAUCAUGCAAAUAGUGGAUGGUUUAUUAUUUUCACAAUGGUCUCUCCCUUACCACAUUUAGCAGACGAAAUACCCGCGAGGCGCACCCUCUCACCGUUUCCGUCGGUGCAAGUGUACCUGCGUCGUACACCGUUAUUGUUAUUUGACAGAAAAAGAUCUCUACAAUGUUGGUAGUAAUACAGCGGGAAUUUGCUGUUGGAUGACAACUUGCUUCCUUCAGCGCCGACCUGACUCGCGAGUUUACACCAGAAUUUGGAAACCAUAGUAAUCUGGUAGUCCAAAAGCCAUUUUAGGCGUGGCUGUAGGAACAGCGAUUGCAUGGAUGUCUCCAUUCAUCUCUCCAGCACAUUAUUUUAGGGUCCAGGGUUAUCCCGGACGGCGUCUGAAGCUUUAUUUGCCGGCAGCUACCAGUCAUCAUGUCGUAAGAUCGCUGUAGUUUGGGACCCCCUCGUAGGUAAACAAUUUGUCAGCCCAGUGUUCACGCAAUGUUCACAAUUCGAGGUAUGAUCUCGGCAUUGAGACUGUUUUAGUUACCAUAACACACUUAAAUAGCACUUCCUUGGCUGUGUUACUGAUUAUGAGUUAUUAAUCCAAAAGCCAAUAGCAACGUGCAUGACCUCCACAAGCAAGGUUAGUCCUAGUGGGCGAAGCCGAGUUUUUUGCGAAAAUUACAGAGUGGGUAAGAAUUCCGGAAUUUGCAAGUUCAAAAGCAUGUAUAUUUACAUCCAGGGUUGAGAAGUGGAAGGUGAAAUAGAAAAAGUAGAGAACGGUGGUACUUGAACUCCUCCUCCCUAUUAAUUGCCUGCAGGUCCGCCUACAGUCCAGUAUUUGUUAAUCUGAUGCCGUUAUUCUGGACAGGUCUCCUGUCUGUUUAAUGCAAAAUCAAUGAACCUUCUCGAAAUUCUGGAGAGGCGUAAUUUUAGGUUGCCGCUGCGUUGGUGAAUUUUGGGUAGUUUAAUUAGCCCCUGGUUUAACAGUGGAUUGAUCUAAGAAUUGGCUUCCGGGAAGCCUGUUUGGGAAACAAUGAUGUAAAAGAAGCUGUUUGUUAGAAAUACAAAAAUGUUUUUAAUAAUUUCCUGCGGAUUACUUUGACAGUCCUCCAGGUGUUUCUCCUAGAAGUUAUUCAGCCGAAAGUUCACUAGAUGUUCUUUAACUACCAUUAGCGUCCCUUAAAUGAGUCGUUCUUUUCUAACUGGAAGAGCAUUGUCAUUAUACAUUCCUGCUUUCACCUAUUUUCUAGGUUUCCAGAUAAAUUGCACGGAUGGAACUGUUAAUAAAGUGGGUUUUCACUAGGAAUAGUCUCUGCUACCGAAGAGGCAUUUGCGAUAGGAUUAGUCUGUGACAAGGUCGCUCUAGGGGUUGUCGUCUCAAAAGAUCUGGCCAACUUUCCUGUUUUCGUUUGUAAUUAUACGGAAUCAGGACUUAUCCGACAAAGUACCACCUUUCAUUUGAAGGACAUGACUACGCUGUCUGUAAACCAUAAAAAUUGCGAUUAGUGGUCCGAAGUCGGUCAAAAGUUUAAACCAUCCGAAUCAACGUGAAAGCAAAAAACACAAAUGAGCUCUUGACCGCCAGUGAAGACCUGCGUCUGUUAUUUUCCCUUUUUUAUGAUUUCUGGUCUAUACCUUGACACUACAACAGUCUGAAUUUUGAAGACCUAAACUCAAGUGCUUGGAUUAUUGAUUCCUGCCACGCAUUGGACGUCAGUCUUGUGAGUUUAUAUAUGGCAAGACAAAAGGGUGUCGGUCUCGGUGUGGGCGUCAGGACAGAAAACUCUUGGGUGUACACCAGAGCUUUGUCGGGGGUGGGGAGAGAUAUCAAGUGGUUCUCGAGAAGUCGCUUUGGGAGAAGUCCCCCCACAGUGUCGCUCAAAUGAAGCAACGAGCUUUCCCAUCGAGACCAUCGGAAAAUACCUUAAAAAAUUGUUUAACUCCGUAUUUUGAACCGAUUAUUCACCUUAGACAUUGCAACUGCACUAGAGAUUCUCAGUUGUGUUUAUCUGUCAAGGGAACGGUAAAUUUGGAUUUUUAUGUCGUUAAAAUCUCGAGGCUACUCUCUGAUUCCAACUCACUAGGCAGGGACAAAUACUCUUUUUCUGCUAAGAAAUACGUUCUGAGGCUCUUUGUAUAGAGCGGCUUGAACUUCUACGAACUAACUUUAAAUAAGAAGUAAUUACCUUUUGGUGCAGAUUGAGAAAAUAUGGAACCCAGACACCCAGAAAACGUAAGUGCUGGGGCGAGAGUCAGCCGCCAACCUUUCAAAGUCGCGUGGAGUACUUCGAUCGUUCAUGUUGACUGGGAAUAUCAGUAGGCUGCACGAUCAUUCAAUAUUUCCUCAUAGGUGACUCGCAGGGGGACUGGUGCAGCCUAAGUUACGUUUUUGGUCAGAAUCCAAGGUAAACGUCUUUGAGGUACAGAAGAUGGAUUGUAAAGAUGCAACUCGACAUGGUCCGAAAUAUUAACAAGUAGUUGACGAUGAAAAUUCGAACUCACGAGACCAGAACUGUUAGGCCUCGCCUAUAGUCAUUAUGGUCACCAGACGCCUGUUUAUGAACUAAGUUUUGUCAGGAAAUUGCGCCUACGCUAAGAAUUCAGCUCGUAUGGCAGACAGAAAUAGUUAAAUAAAGAAAAUGAACUUUAAGCAACCAAUUUCGCAGCCGAAGAUAUGGAGGUCAACGGCAAUACAUUAUACUUUUCUAGAAUGAAGCCAUACUAUGAAGGUAUUCUCUUGUAGUCUUCCAGAUUCUUAAGCAACAUCUACAUUGCCCACAGCGAACGUGUUUCCAAUAGUCAAAAAGAGCUUCCUGUUGCAUUUCUUCGAAACUUAUGCAGGUUUAAACCUAACCUAACUAUGACCUGUGAAACAAAGUUUACAGGUACAAAAGCAUCUUUUUGACCGGUUUUGCCGUGUUUCUAACUCGUAUUUUCGGGACAAGUUAUCACAUAGGCAUCCAACGGACGAAACGCAUCUCACCAUUUGAAGGGUUUUCUAGUGAAUAACUGGUCCAGUUUACUUCCUCUUAUGAAGAUGGGACUUCCAUGAACUAGGACCUAAUUAUCAACGAACAGUAUACUCCGAUUCUUGUAACAUGCUGUGCAGCAGCAAAAAUCUCGGAGAAAAGAAAUUACAUUAUUUGAUUGGCAAGUAAAAGGGUGAUCAAUUUUAUAAAUGUACUAAGAUAAGAACGUUACAGAGGAGGGACCUGUUCGAAGAGUUUUCGGGGAGGUAAGCUUCAUGUGGGAACAUCCUCAACGUGGACUAGUCAGUUGCGAAUGCUUAUUUUGCCCUAUGCAUAUACGCCGCUAUGUAACUAUCGUUAUUAUGCAGUGAAGAUGUUUCUAUGAUGAUUUUUUAUAGCUUGAGGCAAAAUCCAGCAAAAUACUGCUAGAAAUAAUAGAAUUCACCCGUUCGUAACGUCGUUCAGCAGUUAAAACUUUUUGAACUAAUCUGCGUGACGUGUUUAAAGAACGCAAAGUGAAUAUGCCCUUUAAGAAAUUUAAAGUAUACUGAUUUUUGUGAAUGAGACUAGAAAAAAAUACAUAAAAAUCUUAAAGGUCUGUUUCGAAAAGUCAUACUUUAUUCUAAUCGUUGAGUAAAUAAACGUCAUGUCUGUUAUGGAAUUGAGCAUUUAUUUCUCCCAAUUCAAAACCGGUCGGUAGAUGGUUGUUUUAUUCAUUUUAUCUCAUUUUCCUGAUGUCGAACUACGAAAAUACAAUGCGGAAUAGAUCGCACCAAAGCAAACCCCUUCGUAAGCUUCUUAAGAAGAUUCUACCUUUUCGGACAACAGUUCUGAACGCGUUUUAAACCACAUCGAAGUUGAUUCAGAAUGGGAUAUCUACUGAUCGCUUUUAGGCUAGCUACUGUAAUGACUGCAUUGUAAUCGUGUUCUGAUUACCCAGUCCCUGAUCUGAUGAACAAAAUCUUCGUGAAAGAGAAAGUUAGUAUAUAACGAACAUCCGCAGCCAUUAUAAAGCUAUGGAGUAAGCCCGUCUUCAUUGUAUUACAACCGUUGCCUUCCAGUGUCACCAGCUCCAAGUGACAAAUAUUGCGAAAUGGUGUGUAACUGGAAACAGCUCUGUUUCCGAUGGUUUUAUUGCCGCAACGGAUUUAAUUUUUCAACUUCCUUCCCCCUCCCCCACACACACGCAGGCUAGUGCGUGGCUGAUGCAUAACGGUCAAAAAGUUCUUUUCGCCUGGUGUGAAAGCAAACCCUGGGCAAGCACCACCAACCAGGCCAUCUUGUUCGUCAAGAAGGGUGACAAACUGUGGCUUCAAUGCAGUGAAGAGGCCUUUCAUCUCUACGGCUACAUGUACAGCAGUCUCUCCGGCUUUCUGCUCUUCCCGUUGUAG